GGAGAGGAGGCCUACGCGACCCGGAUAAGAUGGCUUCCGUGGGGGAGGCGGAGUUCGCCGCGCUGCAGUUGUUGCUGAAGGCCUCCUCAAAAGAUGUUGUCAGACAACUCUGUCAAGAGAGCUUUUCCAAUUCGGCUGUAGGCUCACAAAAAUUGCUCAACCAUACGUGUUCCAUUUUGCCUGUGACCCCAGAGGAGGCAGAUCAGCUGAUCCAUUCUCUGCACAGCCUCACCACACAGGUAGCCUACCAAGGCCUUACAUCAGCAGAAGACAUUCUUGCCCUCUUUCCUGAAAACUUUCAUCAAUCUCUCAAAAACCUGCUGACCAAAAUCAUCCUGGAAUAUGUGCCUGCAUGGAGAAAUGAUGCCCAGACAAAUCAGAUCUCUUUGCCUCGGCUGGUCGACAUGGAUUGGAGGGUGGAUAUCAAGAUGUCAUCUGACAGCAUCAGCCGCAUGGCGGUCCCCACCUGCCUGCUCCAAAUGAAGAUCCAGGAAGAUGCCAGUUUGUGUGGCGACAAGCCUACAGUCUCGGCUGUGACCAUGGAGCUGAGCAAAGAGACGUUGGAUACCAUGUUGGAUGGGCUGGGCCGCAUUCGCGACCAGUUGUCUGCGGUGGCCAAAUGACCCAAGCCGACCGAGUCUCCUGCUGGGCGUCAUGUGAAAAAAGACAUUCUUGAAGCCUUCCCAGCCUGGGGGCCUGAGCCUCCUCCCUGAGCAGAAGUAACCUUGGGAUGCGCAAGCAACAGCUCUUCAGCACCAAAACCUGCACUCUGUUCCUGUUCUGUCUCCCAGUUUCUUCCUUCAAAUCGAUGAACAAGGGUUUCCAUUUCUGAAAGUGCCUGGGCAGCCGUGAAAGGACUUCUACUCCAUCGGCUGCUUAUUCCGCUGCUGGUCAAUUGCAGGGGCAAAAUGCUGCUUUUGGCUAAUCAGCUCCUGUCCGGCCUGAGCUGGGAGGUGCAGAGGGGCCAUGGGGUUGUUGAGUACCUGGUGGGCUCUUGCUGUCCAGUGCUGGCUUUGACAGAAGAAUAUUCUCGCGCUCAUUAGGAUGGUAUCAGUGGAAAAUAUCCCACCUGAUCAUCCUUAGCAGUGGAAAACCAUAGCAAGUCCAGAGCACCAGGUGUUGGGUGGGAUCAGGGGAGGGAAGACGCUCCUCACAUCACCCCCAUCAUGAACUCUCUCCAGGGUAGCCCUGUCUUCCCCCGAACUGCAUCACACCCUCAUGGGGAAAAGGAUUGGAAAUAAAUAUGCCUGUGCUCCUGAGCUGUUCUGUGA